CCGAAAAUGACAAAAAGUAGUCAGUGCUCGACCCGAUACCCGACAUCGUCUUGUAGUGUGUGAAAAAGUAUGACUUUUUCUUGAAACGUAACCUAUAAGUUAAAAAUCUGAAAACGAAUACUAAUUUUGUGAGUGUCGAAAGGGAAUAUAUUGUUUGGGUGAUUUUAUAUAAAAGUUAAAAAUGCAUCGAGCGCGCAACAUAGUGACAUGUUUAGGCCCCUAUUACUCUCAAGCCGGACCCCAAAGAUUUGCUUCAUGGCUACUACAUCCAGCAAAACCAACUUGCUCAGGAAUGGUGGCCAGCGUUGGAGCACCAGCUCGGAAAUACAAUGUACCAGCUUCCCAGGAGAGUUUUUUGAGUGGAACGAGCGGAAGUUAUGUUGAGGAUAUGUACAACGCCUGGUUACAAGAUCCCAAAAGUGUUCAUGUGUCAUGGGACUCCUACUUCCGCAACUCUUCAGCCUCUGGUGGAAGUGGUUACGUGGCUCCUCCAUCUUUAGCCCCUUUGCCGAAGAAUCAUUAUCCUGCGUCCAGCAUGGUGCCCGCCCUAGCUGGUGCUGGACAUUCUCUAGGAGGCAUUGUCGACGAAAAACUGAUCGACGAUCAUCUUGCUGUUCAAGCUAUUAUUAGAAGCUAUCAGGUCAGAGGACAUUUAGUAGCUGAACUCGAUCCACUGGGCAUCAUGUAUGCCGAUCUUCACGGAAAAUACACCGGAACCAAAGCUUCGCAAUCGGAAAACGUCGUUAGGCAAUAUCUGCUUGAGGACGUUGAUAUGGAUAGAGUAUUUAAAUUACCAUCCACCACUUUUAUUGGCAGAGAAAAAGAAAAGGCUCUCCCUCUUAGGGAAAUCUUAAAUCGUCUAGAGAACGCAUAUUGUAGACACAUUGGGGCAGAGUUCAUGUUUAUCAAUUCAUUGGAACAAUGUAAUUGGAUAAGACAAAAAUUGGAACAACCUGACGUGUUGAAAUUCACACCCGAACAAAAGAGACUAAUAUUGGCUCGUUUGACUAGAGCUACCGGAUUUGAAGCUUUCUUAGCCAAGAAAUGGUCAUCAGAGAAGAGAUUUGGUCUUGAAGGUUGCGAAAUUUUGAUACCGGCCAUGAAACAAGUGAUUGAUGUGUCUACGAGAUUGGGAGUCGAGUCUAUUGUUAUGGGUAUGCCUCACAGAGGUCGUUUAAACGUUCUAGCUAAUGUCUGUCGCAAGCCUCUUCACCAAAUUUUCACACAAUUUGCUGGAUUGGAAGCUGAAGAUGAUGGUUCUGGUGAUGUCAAAUACCAUUUGGGAACAUACAUCGAACGUUUGAAUCGUGUAACGAAUAAAAAUAUUAGGUUGGCUGUAGUAGCAAACCCAUCUCACUUGGAGGCUGUAGAUCCAGUUGUCCAAGGAAAGACCAGGGCCGAACAAUUCUAUAGAGGUGACAGUGAAGGAAAGAAGGUGAUGUCUAUUUUGCUUCAUGGUGAUGCUGCUUUCUGUGGUCAAGGUGUAGUGUUUGAAACUAUGCACUUAUCAGAUCUACCAGCUUACACUACACAUGGAACCAUUCACAUUGUAGCAAAUAAUCAAGUUGGUUUCACAACAGAUCCGAGGUACUCGCGUUCGUCACCUUACUGUACAGACGUGGCUCGGGUUGUAAACGCACCGAUCUUCCAUGUGAAUGGCGAUGACCCUGAGAGUGUAAUGCAUGUAUGCAAUAUUGCAGCUGAGUGGCGUGCCACUUUCCACAAGGACGUCGUUAUUGAUAUUGUAUGCUACAGGAGGAAUGGACACAACGAAAUUGACGAACCUAUGUUUACCCAGCCCCUGAUGUACACGAAAAUUCGACAGACUAAACCAUGUUUGGAUAAAUAUGCAGAAAAACUAGUAGCUGAAGGCACAGUUACUGCAGAAGAAGUAAAAGAUGUUGCCGCUAAAUAUGAUAACAUUUGCGAGGAAGAAUAUAAUAAUGCUAAAAAAGAAACCCAUAUAAAAUAUAAGGAUUGGCUAGAUUCUCCAUGGUCUGGUUUCUUUGAAGGCAAAGAUCCACUUAAGGUUGCUCCCACUGGUGUUAUUGAAGAUACUUUGGUACAUAUUGGAAAACGUUUCUCUUCUCCACCACCAAAUGCUGCUGAGUUCGUUAUACACAAAGGUAUUGCCAGAAUAUUGAAAGCUCGUAUGGAAAUGGUUAAUGCAAGGCAAGCUGACUGGGCUUUGGGUGAAGCAAUGGCCUUUGGUUCUUUAUUGAAGGAAGGUAUUCAUGUGCGUCUCAGUGGCCAGGAUGUAGAAAGAGGCACAUUUUCGCACAGACAUCAUGUUCUUCAUCAUCAAACCGUUGAUAAGGCAACUUACCGCCCAUUGUCUCACUUGUACCCUGAUCAAGCUCCAUACUCGGUUUGCAACAGUUCACUUUCUGAAUUUGGUGUGCUAGGUUUUGAAGUAGGAUAUUCAAUGACAAAUCCCAAUGCAUUGGUUAUGUGGGAAGCUCAAUUCGGUGACUUCAAUAACACUGCACAAUGCAUUAUAGAUCAGUUUAUCUGUUCUGGACAGACUAAGUGGGUACGUCAAUCUGGAUUAGUUAUGCUUCAACCCCAUGGUAUGGAGGGAAUGGGACCUGAACAUUCUUCUGGACGUUUGGAAAGAUUUCUUCAGCUCUCUUCAGAUGAUCCCGAUUAUUUCCCUCCAGAAUGCGAAGAAUUUGCUGUUCGACAAUUGCAUGAUAUCAACUGGAUUGUAGCCAACUGCACAACACCUGCUAAUUAUUUUCAUAUUUUACGUAGACAAAUUGCUUUACCUUUCCGUAAGCCAUUGAUCAUUAUGACUCCAAAAUCGUUGUUGAGACAUCCAGAAGCUAAGAGUUCUUUUGAUCAAAUGACAGAGAACACUGAAUUUAUCAGAAUGAUUCCAGAAGAAGGACCAGCAGCAUCAGAUCCCAGCUCUGUCAAGAAGUUAAUUUUCUGCUCUGGUAAAAUCUACUACGACUUGACCAAUGCGCGCCGUGAAAAGAAAUUGGAUAAUUCUAUUGCAAUUGCUAGAGUAGAGCAAAUUUCUCCUUUCCCAUAUGAUUUGAUAAAGAAAGAAUGUGCGAAAUAUCCUAAUGCAAAUCUUGUAUGGGCUCAAGAAGAGCAAAAGAACAUGGGUGCCUGGACAUAUGUACAACCCAGAUUUAGCACGUGUCUAAAUGGUGGUAGACCAAUCAGUCAUUCGAGCGACAACGUAAAUAUAAAAAGCAAUGAAAAGUCAGGAGGCUGGUUGGGCGGUCUGUUUGGUUCGAAAAACGCUGUAAAGGACGAAAAAGCCAAAACGUUAGAUUCAGGCGCGGAAAGAACGCGAAUUAUUAGCUACGUCGGCCGUGCAGUUUCUGCUUCAACUGCCACAGGAUCCAAGGCACAGCAUCUCAAAGAACUUUCUCAGUAUUUGAAUGAAGCGAUGAGCUUGUAACCCUAAAAAGGAAUUAAAGAAUAAUAAAUUAGAAAAUCACUGCUAUCAGAUGCGAACAACCACGCUAUUGGUUUUGUUGGGUCUGAUAAGUAAAGAAAUUUAUAGCGAGCAAUUUAUAAAUAUUUAUUUGUUAUUUAUAACGUAAGUGCAUAUUAUUUUUUUUUGUUUAAACACAAAUU